UAUUAUUUUAUUAUUUAAUAAAUGGCUGAUAUAAAAUAUACAUCAACCGCAGAAAUGACUGCGGUUGAGGAUAAUGAGAAAGGAAUAAAUGUUACAGGGUAUGUUACAUCUAUGACUGACAUUAUAUCAAUUGAAAAAAAGCCAAUAUCAUGUCCUCAGAUUUUGUGUUAUCAAAUAAAGAUGGUACUAAAAUUCGUUGUAUUUUAUGGGGAACCAUAAUGUGUCAAAAAUGGAAAGAUGAAAUAAAAUUAAAUUUAAUUGUUGAAUUAUUGGGAGGAAACAUUCGGCUAGGCAUACCACGUUUUCGUGACCCUGAAUGUUUGGAUGUAGAUUUUCAUAUUCAAUCUCACACAGACAUUCUUUUUCAUGGGUUUCAUAAUCCAGAAUUAAAUUUAAUUCCAGAAUUAAUGUUCGUCGUGUACCAUUCGACUCAUUGCUUGAAGAAACUGAUGUCAUUGAAAUAGUAGGCUUCAUAAGAAGCAAAUUUCGUGUCCAUGUGAUUAAUUAUGUUGAAAAUCCAAUAUUUGUGGUUGGUGCUCCUAUCUUAAUGAGAGGAAAAAUGAUACACAUGCACUUUCAAUUGAUUAACAUGACUGACAUUAUUAUUCGUCAUGAUAUUGAACAAAUGGAUAAUAAUGCUUUGGAUUUAUCAUUCCAUCCUAUUUCACGUAAACGUCCACGUUUACCAGUUGUAUCAAAUGUACAAGCACCAACACCAUUUGUACCAGUUGUAUCAAAUAUACAAGCACCAACACCAUUUGUACCAGUUGUAUCAAAUGUACAAUCAUCAACAUCAUUUGUACCAGUUGUAUCAAAUGUAUCACCAGCACCAACAAUAUUUCAAUCACAAAAUGAAAUUAAAACAUCAAAUGUACAAGCACCAACAACAGCUGUACCAAUUCCAUCAGUUGUACAAACGUCAACACAAGUUGUACCAGUUGUACCAGUUGUAUCAGUUGUAUCAAAUGUACCAGCACCAACACCAAUUAAAUUACAAAAUAUAGCCAUUAAAAAAGGACAAAAAAAAUGCUUUAAACGAGAACAAAAACAUGCACCAGCAACAAAUUCACAUAAACGUGCACGUACAAAUCUUGAACCAUUUGUUAUUGAAGAUGAAAAUGGUGAUGAAUGUGAUGACAGUGCAAUUUCUAUUAGUGAUGAGUCGGUUGGAUGUGAAAGUGAUGGGUCAAUUGAUGAUAAAAGUGAUGAUUUAAUUAAAAAUGAUGUGUCUAAACCAGCAGCAGCAUUGCAAAUUAAAUCAUCAUCAGAUUAA